UUCCCAGACGAAAUGCCACAGGUUAUCUUUUAUGAUAACGCUUGCAACUUGCAUUUGCACAUCCAAACUAGUACAGAAGACGCUUAUGCUUUUCGAAACACCGUCUUACCGGUCAAUGCAUUUCAUAUCAAGUCUCACAAAGAUACCCAUACCAGUUGUUGCGCGAACAAUCACCCCAAUCUGUUCCCUCAACUGAAGCGUUCCGAUGGAAGUUGGCGUUUUAACUCAUCCGCUGCUGAAAUUGUAAAUGCUUGGUUUUGUCGAUUUGAUUCCAUGUGCCGCAACAUGCAUCAAGUUAAGUAUAAUUUUUUUCUUGACGAGAUGAUUAGGCUGCACAAUGUUCGAACUUGCGCAAAGUUAUCUUCUUGCUCUAAUGUAGAUUUCAUUGGAAACAUACGGUACAAGACAGAGUCACCACAACCCUAAUUAAUAUAAUUGUUUAUUGUUUAUUUUCACGUAGUCAUAUCAUUGAUUUCCACGUUGUCAUCACCUUUGUAUCAUGUAUUUUAUUUGGUAAUUGCCUAAUUAAUAAAGCCUAAUAAAUAUU